AUGUAUGCCUUGACUGGACAUAAAUACCUGGAACUUGCUUUUGCGAUGUCACUUCUCUAUUGGGCAGACUGCAGCCCCUCUCCGCAGGAUGAUUUGGCUCCCCUUGAAUUGCAGUUCCAUUCUUUGGACUUCAGAAAUGUCUUGCACUGGAAACAUCCACACAAAGCUGUCAAGAACCUGACAUAUUCUGUUCAGCAUAAAAUAUACGGAGACAAGGAGUGGACUAACUCUGAACACUGUCAGGGCAUCCGGUUGCUGGAGUGUGACCUGAGCCAGGCAACGUCAGAUCCCAGAGAAUGGUACUAUGCCAGGGUCCGUUCCUUGUCCUCUGAGGGCUUCUCAUCAUGGGUCCUUAGCCACAGGUUUUACCCUCAGUGGGAAACCAAUUUCAGCCCACCGCAGAUAAAAGUGACCGUGACAGGACGGAUCAUUUCAGUGCAAAUCAGACCUCCGAGGACACCACUGCAAGGACAGAGGGGCUCUAGGAUACGAGUGACAAAACUGCAGAAACUGACAUUUAGAAUAUACCUAUUACACAAUGAUGUAGAAGAGGAAGUUUAUGAAACAGACAGUUGCUCCAAGGAGCUUGUGUUCGAGGGGUUACGUCCGAAAACCACCUACUGCCUUCAGGCUGUGUCCGUUACCCCUCGCUCAGGCCACAAAAGCUUACGGAGUCCCAGCACCUGCAUCAGCACUCAUUGAAGGCUUAGUGUCUCCCACAGGGUGAGGCUGCUUCUGGACCUUUGUUCAACAUGAAAAUUACACACAUAUACACUACAUAGUGGAAUGUCUGCAAUUUUUCAACCAAGGUCAUGUUUACUAUAAGCCUGGCUUUGCCUUUAGGUUACGUUAAAGCUGAAGUGUGUAAUUUCUGCACCACUAGCACUAUCAGCAAAACAAUGACUGUUUACACACAGGUUUCCUGAACACUCAUCUUGCAUUGGGUGGACAAAGAAAUAGUGCCGCCCUCAAAUCACACCACUGGUUUGAGCCAACAGCAGUGGAAAGUAUUUACACUCGUUUUUUUUCUCAGGGAAAUCAACAAAUGGCUUACUUGAAGAUAUUUAGUAUUAAGUUCGCUUUUUUUAUUAUUAUUAAAAUAUA